AUGAACGAGUGCGUGCGCGUGAUCUGGUUUCUGCUCUCUGGGAGGAGCCAGCCAAGCGGGGGCGGAGCCUCCAGCACUGGCCAACGGGGAUCUGGCUUCGGGAUGCGGGGCGGGGCCCACGCGGGGCCCAGCCGGUCGCAAUUCGCUGGGCCUGGGGCACAGCUGCCUCCGGGGCGCGUUCUCCGUGUGUACCGUGUCCCGGCGGCCCCGCGAGCGGGGAAAGCAGGGCUGACGCCAUCUGCGGAGAGAACUGUGCAGCCGGGCUUGUGUGGGGCCAUGCGCAAUGGCAGCAGCGACUCCCUGCCCAGGCAGGCCAGCACAGGGCCAUGGCCGAGGCGGCUGUGCCUACGGUGGGGUCUGUUUGGGGGUCUGAUCAGUGAGACCCUCUGGCAUUCAGAAGACGUCUCCCCCAUUCUGGAGAAUCCUGACCUUCCUGUGUCUGGGAGAGGCCCAGAUCCGAUCUGCAGAGGUCUGCCUUCUGGCUAUCGUGAAUGUGUUCAGGUGGUGGAGAAGAAGAUGGAGCCCCAGGCUGCCUGGCUACAGAGACGCACACGGACAGCCGAGAAGAAGCUGGCUGACUGCGAGAAGGUGGCUGUGAAGUUUGGGAACCAACUGUUGCUCAGGCUGGAGGGCAAGUGGGCCAUGUUGGGGACUCUGCUGCAGAAGUAUGGACUGCUGCAGAGGCAGCUGGAGAACUUGCUGUGCAACAGAAACUUCUGGAUCCUGCGGCUGCCCCCGGGCAGCAAGGGGGAGGUCCCCAAGGCCGGGCCACCACCAAGCCAGAUCUUCUGGCGCCAGUGGAGAAAGGACACCAGGCAGGCAGCUGCAGCCUGCCCAGUGCGGAGACGGGCCAAAGCCCGGGCCCUGACACAGGCCUGCUGGAAACACCCCCAGGAGUUCUGGCCUGGAUCAAGCAAGAGGAAUGGGCAAUUGGGAGGAGCCAGCAGGGCCCACAGGAGACCACUGUGGCACAGCUGUGCUCAGAGACCUGUCUGGGCCGCAAAGAGGAGUCUGGAGGGAGGGUCCGAGGGCCACGAGCCAGCCUGGGCUGCUGGAGGGGGUCCUGGCAAGGAGGGCUCUCGGGGAAGCACCUGUGGGGGUCUGCUUCCUGACCCCAGGGAGCGAGAGGUGGCCUUCCUCCCUCCAGGCCCCCCGAGCCAGGCUGAGCCAGCUGCUAGGGGCAUGGCGCAAUGCCCACCUUGCGCCCAGUGGGGCCAGAGCUUCGGCUGGAAGGAGCUCAGCGCGCAGCACGAGUACGCGCAUCAUGCCCCACGGCCUUUCGCUAGUGCUCAGUGUCCCAAGAGCUUCGCGCAUUGGGCCACCCCCGCCAGCCACCGCCAGACGCAUGUGGCCCAGCGCACCUACGCUGGCGCCAGAUGCAGUAAGACCUUCGUCCACCAGUCGACGCUCACACCCACUACCGCACGCACAUCGGGGAGAAGCCCUACGAGUGCGCCGAGUGCGCCAAGCUCUUCGGCGGCCUGCCCACGCUGCUGGAGCACCGACACACGCACACGGGAGAGCGGCCCUUCCAGUGCGCGCAAUGUAGGUGCUGCUUCAGCUGCCUGUCCACGCUGCUGGAGCACCGGCACACACACAUCAGCGAGAAGCCCUUCCAGUGUGCGCAGUGCGACAAGCGCUUCACGCGCCUGGCCAACCUGACCUUGCACCAGAGGGUGCACUCGGGCGAGCGCGCCUUCCAGUGCACCCAGUGCGGCAGGCGAUUUGCGCAGAAGCCCGGCUUCCUGCGCCAUCUGUGCGGCCACUCGCAGGAGAAGCGCUAUCCUUGCAGCCGGUGUGGCGAGAGCUUUACCUGUCCCUCCUGGCUUAUGCGUCACCAGGACAGCCAUGCUGGUCAUGCUUCUCCACCUUGCCUGGUUUGUGAGAGGGACUCCCCGAUCGACGAGCCGCCCACAGGCCUCAGGGAUGCAGUGCGGGGGAGCGCCGCUAGUGAUCCUUCUGCCGCACUCAGAUUUGAGGGCACCGGUACAGAGCUGAGCCUCAGGAGGUGCCCUGGGGGCAGGCAGCGGAGCAGUGGUCAGGAAGGUCUUGGGAGGAGUCCCUUGGACAGUUCUUUUUCUCGUGUGAAGAUGGAGAAUGUGGGUAGCACCCAGAGAGCUCCCUAAAGGGGCUCUGAGGGCACAGGGGCAGUUGGUGCCCCUUAAAUCCAAGCGGCCUCUCCUGGGGGUCACUUCUUCGCCAGGUCGAAGUAUUCUGGCCAUGGUCAUGGCUUCCCAGGGGAGGGCUUGUUCUCCCAGGCACUGUGAUUGCCCACCGGGCUUCUGGUCGCAGGGAGGCAUGCAGGGAGGCAGGGGUGUGACCGGGAUAGAGGCCAGUCCCAAACACCUGAGCUCCACUGAGGGGAAGGCCUGGGCUGGGAGGUGGGGUGGGCAGGAGUGGCCGGCUUUGCCUUGUUCUGUUAGGGGAGUGAUUUUCAGAGACAAAGGUUCCAGUUAGGAGAUGUGAUUACUCAGUGCUUUGAAGGGACAUCCAAGGUACUUACCCUUAGCCGUAGCUGUUGGUUUCCUGGAUGCUGACUGUGAAGAUUCUAAAGUGCUUCCUAGGGUGGGCAGUGGUGGCAGGAGGCCUUGGACGGAGUCCAGGCCAGACCCAGCCUCCUGUUUAAUAGGCUGAGCCCAAGCGUCCCUCAGAUGCGAAUCCAAUAGCCUUGGUGAGUUGUACAAUGUGUCAUGGAAACUUUCACUGACUUCUGCCCCCCCCGGCCCCCCAUUACCUGGGAAGGGCAGCUUUGUGGGACAUGUGUCCCAGAAGGGCCUGGGCUGGCUGUAGCCCAGUGCUCAGGACCAGCCAUCUUGGUUCUCACAGGGCACUGUCCAAUUGGUGUAGUAUUUGCCUUCAAGCCAUUGUUGGAGCAGGCAGGCAAAGGGGGCUUUGUGAGGAUCCAACCUGUGCCAGUCACUGGGAUACAAAGAAGACCGAGGCCUGGUUCCUAGCUGUGGGGCUGGGAGGGGUAUCUGACGCCAAUGGUGGCACCUGGCAGAGGACACACAGACACCAGCAGGCAGCACGGGCUGCAGUAAAUGUUGCAGAAGCACCUAAAGGUUGAGCAGAAGGGAGGUAGGAAACCUGGACGUGGGCUGCAGCAGCUGGGAAGCCCCCCUGAGAUCCUGGUGGCCCCACCACCGUCUGAAGAUUUAGGCCAAUCACUAGGGCUUUUCAGGCAGGCCCUUGUGGUGGCCCGCCAGUUUGGGACCCUCCCAUUUUGAUACAUUAGUUCCCCCUCAGCUACUGGAGAUCUCAGCCACAACUGGGCUGUAGCUGUGACCCAGACUCUGCCAGGAUCCUCUAGAUCCUCAGCUGUCAGAUAAUCCCGCGUCCCCCUCCUCCUCCCCACUAAACCCCCAGUGCUUGACAUGAAUGCAUGUGUGCUUCCUAGGACUAGAGGCCGGUGCUGUCUCUAUCACUGCCCUCGCUUUAAGGGGCACACGAGCAGAUGGUAGCAAGCCCUGGAGAGCAGCUCUCGGGCAAGUGAGGUGGCUCUGGCACUGCCCCUUGGACUUUCGUGUUUGUAGCUUGAGUUGGUUUUUAUUGGAAGCUCUGUGAUUUACAUAAUCACUUACAACCUCUGUAAAUAAGGAACCAUUUAUGAGGAAUUGUAAAUUUCCUCUCUCCCCCUUCUUACCCUGUCUGUGAUCUUGUUUUGAUGCAGUAAUGAUAUUCCACUCUAGGUUCCCAUGAUCAGUGGUGAAAUAUAGUGAUUUUCACCUGUGCUUCCAUUCUGAAGCUCUGAAAAGAAGUACUGGAUGGACUGAAGUCCAGGACGAUGUCCCAAAAAAAGGCAGAGUCCAGGUGGGCUUGGAGGACCAACGCCUGGAUGGGCACUGGAGGGCAGAGGCCUCAGUGUCAACGCCUGGAGGGCAGAGGCCUCAGUGUCAACGCCUGGAGGGCACAGGCCUCAGUGUCCACCCCUGGAGGGCAGACGCCUCAGUGUCCACCCCUGGAGGGCAGAGGCCUCAGUGUCAACGCCUGGAGGGCAGACGCCUCAGUGUCCAGCACUGGGCCCUGCACAUGGAAAGCCCCUCUGUUUGUGAAUGAAUGAAUAAAAAUGUUUUCAUAAGUGA